AGAAAAGGAAGGUUAUGUGAAGCGGGUCCUUAAAACCCGACCCGCGGGAUCAUGUAUUAGGAAAGAUAAAUAAACUGUAGGUGGAUGCCCUAAUGGUAUCCUUGCGGUCUCAUUAGAAAUAGGGAAAAAUCCCCAAAGAAGAGGUUAUUGAGAGAUGGAUUGGGAUUCAUCAGAGAAAGAGAAAUCAAGCAGAGACAAACAUCGUAGCGAUGAGCACCGCCAUCACCGUAGUUCGAAGCAUCGAUCCGAAGACGGGCGCCACCGAUCUGAAAGAGAAGGAAGCCGUGAAAGAAAGGAUGAAUCCGUGGAGAAAAAGAAUUCGCAUAAGAGGAAAGAGCGAGAAGAAAGUGGCAAUGUGGAUGAGAAGAGAGCUAGAAGUGGACAUUCGAGGGAUAAGGAUGAGGAGAGAAGAGAUAGAAGGAGGUUUGACGAUAAUAAAUCAAAGGAGACUCAUGAACAAAGGAGGGGAACUGGAUCUCAAAUUAAAGAUGAUAAUGCCCAGGAUGACGCUGUUGGUUCCAUUGCUAAGGGUGUGACAAUGGGAUCAUACAAUGUGACGUCAAGGACUUCGCCUGAUAACUGUUUGGCUCAUGGUGAUUCUCCAGCUACCAAGGUAUCUUCGCUUACUACCACAAAAGAUAAGGGAGUUAAUAUUAACGGAUCUCAUCAAGUUCCUGGGAAAUCUAGUACAGAUGGGGCAGCUUCUGGUGCUGGCAAGAGUGGGAGCUUAUCCCUUGAUGCUUUAGCAAAAGCGAAGAGAGCUUUACAAAUGCGUAAGGAGUUGGCUGAAAAGUUUAAGAAGAUACCCGCACUAAACAAGAACAAGGGUGCCAACUUUACGAGAGAGGGAAUUCCAGAGGUGGGACCCAAGGAGAGCCUUCAACCUUCAGCUAAUGCAGGGAUUUUUCCGACUCCAGUUGCAUAUUCUGAUUCAGCACCAAGUACAUCAAUUUUGGCUGCUGCAGCUUCUACAAAUCCACCACCCAGUGGUUUGCCUCAUCUCUCAGGGCUCACAGCACAGAAAUAUGAAGCGGUAAAGCGUGCACAGGAGCUUGCUGCUAAGAUGGGAUUCCGACAGGACCCAGAGUUUGCUCCCCUUAUAAACAUGUUUCCUGGGCAAAUGCCACCAGAGGUUGCCCUUCAGCCAAAGCCUGCAAAAGCUCCUGUUCUUCGAUUGGAUGCCCUAGGCAGGGAAAUUGAUGAGCAGGGAAAUAUUGUCAAUAUGUCUAAGCCAUCUAGCACCCUUAAGGUGAACAUCAAUAAGAAGAAACAAGAAGCAUUUCAAAUUCUCAAACCUGAAUUAGAGGUUGAUCCUGAGAAAAAUCCCCAUUUUGAUCCAAACAUGGGCAUUGACAAGAACAAAAUAUUGAGGCCCAAGAGGAUGACAUUUCAGUUUGUGGAGGAAGGGAAAUGGUCCAGAGAUGCAGAAAUAAUCAAGUUAAAGAGCCAAUUUGGUGAAGCAAGAGCCAAAGAGCUGAAGGCAAAACAAGCACAGUUGAGCAAGGCUAAAGCAGAGCCUGACAUAAAUCCGAAUCUCAUUGAGGUAUCGGAAAGGGUUAUCACCAAGGACAAGCAAAAGGAGCCUAUUCCUGAAGUUGAGUGGUGGGAUGCUCCUCUGUUACGAUCUGGUACUUAUGGUGAUGUAGUUGAUGGUAACAUAACUAAUAAACAGUUGAAGAUUGAAAAGAUCACCAUGUAUGUUGAACACCCUCGCCCUAUUGAGCCUCCUGCUGAACCAGCUCCACCUCCUCCCCAGCCAUUGAAACUAACCAAAAAGGAGCAAAAGAAACUUCGAACCCAGCGAAGACUGGCCAGGGAGAAAGAAAGACAAGAAAUGAUACGUCAAGGCCUGGUAGAACCACCAAAGCCUAAAGUUAAAAUGAGCAAUCUAAUGAAAGUUCUUGGCUCAGAAGCCACACAGGAUCCUACAAAGCUUGAAAUGGAGAUUAGAAGUGCUGCUGCUGAGCGGGAGCAGGCUCAUGUUGACAGGAAUAUUGCUCGUAAGCUUACUCCUGAUGAGCGUCGUGAGAAGAAAGAGAGGAAACUUUUUGAUGACCCAAAUAUCGCUACGGAGACUAUUGUUUCAGUAUACAAAAUUAAUGACCUCUCCCACCCACAAACUCGCUUCAAGGUUGAUGUUAAUGCUCAGGAGAAUCGCUUGACCGGGUGUGCAGUGAUCUCAGAAGGUAUUAGUGUUGUUGUAGUUGAAGGUGGGAAAAAAUCAAUCAAGCGAUAUGGGAAACUUAUGCUUAGGAGAAUUGAUUGGGCAGCUGCUGUUAAGAAAGAAGAUGAUGAAGGUGAAGGUGAAGGUGAAUAUGAAGAUAAGCCUCUCAACAAGUGUGUGCUGGUCUGGCAAGGGAGCGUUGCUAAAUCAAGCUUCCAUAGGUUUUUUGUUCAUGAGUGCAGGACUGAGGCUGCUGCUCGUAAAGUUUUUGCUGAUGCUGGGGUUCCUCAUUACUGGGAUCUUGCUGUAAACUUCAAAGAUGACGAAUUUUAAUUUAUUUGAACGUCCUUCCGUCUCUGCUAAACCUGAUUUUUCUAGUCUCUUGCUGUUCUAUUGCAAUUGGAUUGCUCCUAUUGUGGAAUGAUGUUGAAGAAAAGUGAACUUUCUAAGGACAGUUGUAAUUUCGUGUUCUUAAAGGAGCACUUGCUUGCUGUCCAAGGCAGGCCUGUCCAGUGGAUGGUGUCUACUAUUUUGAGUAGAUUCUACUUGUUUAUCAAGUACUCCAACUACUUGUAGUUCAAAGUACACCUGUUCGUUUUUGUCCAAUGUGUAAUAGCUACUUUUUUCCGAGCUGAGGUAGUGUAGUGCAUAACUCCAUCAGCAUCUGAUGACUGACUAGGUGGUCGCUGCCUAAAGGGUGAAGUCGGUAUGGAUGAGUGCUUGAAGCUGUAUGGUUGCUAUAAAUGUCUGUCCUUUUCUUUGUUCUGAUGCAAUGUGUUGCUUCCGUUUGUUCCUGAUAUUACUCAUUUGAUGUGACAACUGUGCAUUUGCCUUG